ACACGCUCUUUUAACUCCAUUUGAAUUAACAACAUCAAAACACAUAAAAGGCUUCAUCCAAAACAGCAUUUAUCCAAUACUUGGUGAAACUUGUCGAAGACGUUGAAGAAGUAACUUUAUAUAGUAAGAUGGGAGAAGUUGAAGUGUCAGAUUCAUGGAACAAUCGCCUCAAGACCCUGGCUGAAGGCCUUGCAAGCAUGAUCCCCACAGUUGGAAAGGUGGUGAAGGUCGCCAUACAGUUAUUUUGGCCCGAUGACACAGAAGAUAUUUGGUCACUGAUCAAGUCACAAGUCGAGCAUCUCAUCGAGGUUAAGAUUUUGGAGCACGAGCUGGAUGAACGAGAGGCACAGUUGAAUGGUUUGAAGCAGAGCUUAAGUAUGUAUUCCGAUGCUACGAAUAAAGAGCGAGCGAGCCUCCUUUCUGCCAUCAUAGUACAGUGCAAUGAAUUGUACAGCGAGCUGACUGAGUCAGAUAAUACUAUCCACUUGAUCCCUCUAACCGUUGCCCAUGCGUAUUUACACUUGACCGUACUCAGAGAGCGCUACGAACAUGGCCUUAAACUUUAUAGCGAUGCUACAGAUCAAGAUCAAUGGGAAAAAGAUCUAACCACUAAAGUAUCUGACUACCAUUCACACUUCCUCUCUGUGUACUCUCAGUGGCAAGAGUGGAGAGAAGAUGAAAUAUCGGUGUCAGUAAAGACAAAGAAAAAACCCAUGGGCAUUCCUCCAUUUUUCUACUGGACGGCGUAUGGCAAAACGAAAGAUUCCUUCGACGGCGAGUCUGUCAAGUACAGUGAAUCGUGGAAUAAGAACAAAAAAACUUUCAAAGACGUCCAGAAGCGCGCAAAAUUGAGGAUGUAUAAUGAAGCGAAUGCCAGUAUGAUGAUGGACGCUUUUAUUCGAACGUUCAGCCUCGGGAAUUUCCUUCCCGGUCAUGAGAACGACGCAGCUAAAGCUGACACUACCGUGUCAGAAGUGAGCUACGGUCCGUACUCCGUGGCACUCACGAAGGGGGAUCAUGAAAAGAAAAACAUGGCGACAAUAAUCGGUCAAGAACUAAAGGACAAUAAUGGAGUCAUUACAGAGAUUCACAUCUGGGCUGGAAACUUUGUAGAACGAAUUCAGUUUCACUACGAGGGCAAGGGUGCCGGCCACGCCUUUGGUGCGCCCAAAGUAAGUAGCAAGAGCGAACAUGUAAUCACUCUCUCAGAUACCCACGUAACAGGGAUGAAGAUGGGAUUUUCAAAUGGGGUGAUGGCAAGAGUGCAGUUUAAGUUCAGUGAUGGCAGCUCUAGUGACGCUUACGGUAACAGAGGAUGGCGCAUGAAGUAUAAACAAGAAGUCGAUGUUGACAGUGAUUUUCGUUUGGUUGGAGCGACAGGGAGGAAGGGUAACGGGCCUGGUGCAGUAGGUCUAGCGGAAAUGAUGUUUAACUUCCAACACAUCUCCGUUGAUCCAUCUUCUUGAUCUGCAUCGGUUGAAGUUACGCCCACCGAAAAUAGAACGUUUCAUACUCUAAGUAUUAUUCAUAUGUACGUAAGAAUAAGAUCGAGUCCAUGGUCUCUCGAUAAAGAAUAUUAUGCAUAUAUAUUUUACUCUUUUGUGCACGUGUUUACUCCAUUUUUCCAAUUAAUAUAUAUUAUAUUUUAGAUGAUUAUGAUAAUUAAGUUUACAACAUUGUAAUAUUGUAAGUAAAUAAAUGUCCAAAAAGUACCUUU